GGCAAAGAGAAAGAGAGAGCCAGCUGCAGAGACCAGGAGUUAAAGCAGGCACACUUCAGGGGAGGAAACAUCCCACUGAGCAGGGUGCCUGUGUUCUCCUAAAUCUCACGAUCCUGCGGCUUUGUGGAAGGAAUAAGAAUGGUGCUCUUACAGAUAUGGAGCUUCAUUGCCUUCCUCCUCCUGUCCUAUACUGAGGCAGCAUCCAUGUAUGGAGAAAUUCUGUCUCCAAAUUAUCCUCAAGCAUAUCCCAAUGAUGCUCUGGAAUCCUGGAAAAUAGAAGUUCCUCCUGGUUAUGGCAUUCACCUCUACUUCACCCACCUGGAUAUAGAGCUAUCUCAAAACUGCGAAUAUGAUUUUGUGAAGGUCCUGUCCGGUGAACAGGUGGAGGGUCAGUUCUGUGGGAGAAAAACAAGGCACACACGGGGCUCUCCUAUCCUGGAAGAACUCCGCGUGCCCUACCAUAGUCUGACUGUCCUCUUUCAGUCUGACUUUUCCAAUGAAGAGAGAUACACUGGAUUUGCUGCCUAUUACACUGCAAUCGAUGUGAAUGAGUGCACAGAUUUUGUGGAAGAGGCCUGUAGCCAUUACUGCAAUAACUAUAUUGGUGGCUACUAUUGCUCUUGUCCUCCUGAAUAUUUCUUGCAUGAAGAUAAGAAGACAUGUGGAGUGAAUUGCAGUGGGAAUGUAUUUACUGAGCUGUCUGGGGAGAUUACCAGCCCCAACUAUCCCAGGCCGUAUCCUGAGAACUCGCACUGUGAUUACCGUGUCAUUCUGGAACCAGGAUACCAGGUGAUCCUGAGCAUUGGGAACAACGACUUUGAUGUUGAGCCAAGUGACUUGGAAGGAACUUGCCCAGAUACUUUGAGAUUUUUAGCAGGGGACCAGAAUUUUGGUCCUUACUGUGGCAACACAUUUCCUGGGCCUCCUAAAAUCAACACUAAAAGCAACAUUGUGGACAUUUCCUUCCAAACGGACCAAGUUGUACAAAUGAAAGGCUGGAAAAUUCGCUACUUUGGGGACCCAAUGCCCUGCCCACAGACUGUUAUUUCAAGAUCUGUUCAGCAUCCUCUAAGAGAACAUUAUGUCUUUAAGGAUUCUGUGAUGGUAACUUGCAUAGAAGGCCAUGAGAUUGUAAUGCCACGAGGCAGUACAACAUCCUUCUACUCUAGCUGUCAAAGCAAUGGAAAAUGGAGCAACUCAGAUUACAGUUGUGUUCCUGUAGAUUGUGGUGUGCCUGAUCCCAUUACACAUGGAGAUAUCGUUUAUCCAUCAGGAUCGGAGGAGACAGAGUAUCAAACCAUUAUCCGUUACGAGUGCCACAAACCUUAUUAUACCCUGAAGGGCAAAGAAACGUUUCAGUGUUCAGCCAAUGGAAAAUGGGUGGAUGAAGAAGGGAAUACACAGCUUCCACUUUGUGACCCAGUUUGUGGAGUUCCCAGUAGAAGUAUUGAAGAAAUAGGGAGAAUUUAUGGAGGCACAGUUGCUAAAGAAGGAAAUUUCCCUUGGCAAAUUUACUUUGAUGAGCCACGAGCUGGUGGAGCCCUUAUUUCAGAACAAUGGAUACUUACUGCAGCUCAUGUGCUGGAUGGUUCUCCAUACCCAGUUCUCUAUGCUGGGUUGUUCAGUGUGAGUCAAAGGGCUAAGAGUGAUGCUGAGCCACUGAAGAUAACGGCUAUAUUCAUUCAUCCUCAAUGGAGCAAAAGUGGAUCAGAGACCAGGACAAACUUUAAUCACGACAUUGCUCUGUUAAGAUUGAAAGAACCUUUGACAAUGGGCCCCACUAUUUCACCAAUUUGCUUACCUGGUGCUUCUUCAGAAUAUGAUCCACAAAUAGGGACCUUGGGCUACAUAGCUGGCUGGGGCAAGACUGACGCUACUCGAACAAGUCCUAAACUAUCAGUGAGGCUCAGGGCAGCUUGGAUCCCCGUGGUGAACAUGAAUACAUGCCAAAAUGUGAAAAAAGAGACUUCAGCUUAUGUCUUCACAGAAAAUAUGAUUUGUGCUGGGGAUGGCCGGCAGGACAGUUGUCAGGGAGACAGUGGUGGGGCAUAUGUUAUCAAAGAUCCCCAAAAUGAGACGCACUAUUAUGUUGCUGGACUGGUUUCGUGGGGCCCAGAAUGUGGCACUUAUGGUCUCUACACUAAAGUGGCAAAUUAUGUGGAUUGGAUCAGAAAAGUCAUGAGGGAGUAUAAAGAACCUGAAGAGUAGAUGCUUCCUCUCUUCAUGCAUUAUCUGUCCACUAGGCACCCACUGACUCUCAAGAGGUUUUGUCCCAUCCAUAAAUCUAACAUACAAAAAAAUGACAUUUGCAGCUAAGAUCCAUAUUAUUGCAAGCCGCUUUACAUUGCCUGUCUCCUCUUUCUUCACUUUUUCUAGUUUUUAAUUGCUUUGUCUUCUCUUCCUUUAAUUAGAUUUCAUUUAUUUUCUUCUUUGUGAAGCUGCUAUAGACCAAAUUACUUUUAAUUCAUGCAAGAGUAUUGCAUUUUUAGUCUCCUACAGUUUUGACCAUUGGAAAAGGAAUAACCAACUACAUCAUAGAUCUGGAGCACCCAACCACUGUGGGCAGCAGAAAAUUCUAGAACAUAAUAUACCAAAAGGUUCUUUUUCAUUGAAAUGAAUGGCAGCCAGCCUUGUGCAAGAGAACAGUCUCACGGAUUGUCCCCAAAGGAGCUCUUUGUGUCCUUAUUGCAUAAAAACUAACAUACACUCAUGAA